UUUAACCAACCUAACCCCUUUUCUCUUCUUCGCGCCACCACCACCGUCUUCAUCUUCCUCUAUCUCCGACCACAAUGGUUGUUUCUCUCGGUCCCGGCAAGUUCUACGGCACCAGCCUCCCCCGUCCCCGCAUCUACACCGACGUCAAGUUCAACGACCACCGCGUCGAUCCCCCAAUCCCCGUCACCGACCCACUCAUGUCUUGGGCCGAAGAGGCCCACUGGUCCAUGGGCGGCCUUAGCUUCAAGCGCCUCCGCCUCCAGGGCAAAAUCGAAGGCAACGUCCAAAGACUCCGCUCCCAGCGCGAGAAGGCCCAGUCCCUAAGCCCAACCCCGGCCCAUUCCGUCCCCGCCCCAUCGGAAAGAUCUUCCUCGCCUACCCCUCCACCGGCUCCGGUGGUGACUAAACGCCGAAGGUACAUGGAUCUCAUCGUAGACGAAGAGGAAGACGAAGAAGAAGAAGAGCCAGAAGUGGUUGAGCCUCCCCGAACCCGUGUUCGGAAGAGCCGCUUAGUCAAGAAGCUCGGCGAUGACUUCGAUAGGGUUGCUGAGGAGAACGAUGAACCCGAAACGAUGCCGUUGAAGACUCUGACUCGGGCUCGGAAAUUGGUCAAGAUUGCUGAAAAGAAAACAGUGGUUGAAACGGCGCAGAAAUCAAAAUCUAAUGGAAAGAAGAGCUCCACCAGUGAAGCCGAGAAGAGCCCUAGGGUUAGAACUUCACCAAGAUUGGCUAAGCGUCUAUCAUAUUAGAUACAUCUUGUAAUUAGAAGAAGAACAUUGCUUUUUUAUUUUUUUUUUCUUUUUCGCAUUAUAUUUUGUUCAUGAAGCUGUCUCUUUUGCGUGCAAAAAAAAAGUGGGUUUUUUCCAGAUUCCAAGGUUUAGGAUUUGUUCAACAAAAUGAAAGUAAAUGCCAUUGUUUUCAUUAAUCUCCGCAUGCAAUCCACGGAUAUUUUGAUAA